CGGGAAGGGAUGUGACACACGUACAAACAUACCUGAGUGAUGAGCCUUCGAGGCUGUUACCAUCGACGUUAGCACCCGACCACCAGUUACUGCGCCCCAUACCCGCUGGCACAUUCGAUUCUGCCCUGUCCUGCCCUUCAAUUCUUCGUCUGACAGACGGAUCUGAUAAUUUGCAGCCAUUCAAUUCCCAACUGACACCGGGCCAUGCCCGCGUUCCCUUCCUUCAUUUCCUUGCCAAGGCGUAACAAGAACAAGAACACCAAGUCGCCGUUUGAUGUACGGCGCAGAAACACACCGACUUCUCCACACCCAUACGCCGCUGUAUUCGACAUCAGUCAUGACAAGCGGGUAUCGAUGGACUCCACGGUCUCCACGGUCUCGCAGGGAACAGAUAAACGACCACGAUGCCCUGGGGCGCCAGAACAGUCGCUGGGGGUGAAAUUGGAUAUUGACCUCUCUCCUGAACCUAUUACGAAUUGGUUUCCAGAGCAUCUGCUUUCAGGAGGUGAAGAUGGAGCAUCCGGUAGUGGCAGUGGUUCACGGAGGCGGAGUGUAAAGCAGCUUCAGAAUUCUCAAAAGGCUUCCACUGUUGACGAAGAUGGAGGCAUGUAUGGUGAUUCUGAAGAUGACGGGACAUCGUCUACAUCCGACGAUAUUUUGGCGAAUUUGGAGGCGUUGGACGCGUCUCAUUUCGUCAACUUCGUAGGUUCGGGCAACAAUAGACCAAAUCGUAUGUCAAUGUUGUAUAAAAGAACAGCACCUACGCCCAUCAAGAUUCCAACAGCAACUUUGCACGGUGCGAAAGUCCAGCUCAUACGCUCGACUUCCACUUCAGAUCGUCGGUCGCGGCCCACUUCUCAGAUUUCAUCAGUCGAAGAGUCAUCUGCCGUCUCAGGUUCUACCUUGGCGCGAGCGUUGAUGGCGAAUUCGUUUGUCCUAUCCAGUGAUACAAGAUUGUCCCGGCACCGAAGUGGCGCAUCGAGUCUUGUCCGCACGGAUUCUGCGACGCUCCCUCGAGGAGAACAUCCUUUCUUGAAUUCUCCAGUGAUACAGGAUAGGACUCUCAGCUGGGGAAGUCAGUUUUCGUCUUCGCUUUCGCCUGCAUCCUCUGAGGCCGUUCCACCCAUUCCCUUCAACGCAGAAUUGGUCUAUUCUCCGCCGAAGAAUCCGAGACUGGAAACCAAUAAAUCGAUGGAUGCGCCGAAACGAGCUAGCAUCGGAGGCAUCACGAGAUUGUCUGACGACAUGGAUACUAGCCCAUCGAUCUCUCCUCCGUGCUCGAAUAACAUGACUCCCGCAGCCUUGAGCGACCAUCAUUACUCGGAGCCUUUGGAGAAGAUAAACGAAACCUCUCCUGUUGAUUCUAGGGAGUUUCGCGAGAAUGAUGCCAACUCGCCACAUGCCUCCUGCGGCGAGUUGGCAUCCGCAGUUGAUGUAGUUGAAGGUGUCCCAGAAGACAUCCCUUCGCAUCCUUCGAACGCAGCAAAUGCAACAUCACCAAUCGAAUCCAACUCUGAUCAUGAUCCUUCACCGUCGUGCAGUAGCGUGCAACAUCUCGUGACUCCUUCAACAGAUGCUUCUGUGAUAUCAGGCAAGGAUCUUGGAGAUGUGCUCGACUAUUACGAACACUCACCACCAAAUGAUCCUGCGGCGGAGAGUAAUGAGUAUAGAUUGCCAUUUUCUCCAAUCCCGGAGGAAUUGAGCUCUCAAUUAUCUCCUCCAUCUCCCUUCAAGCAGGACGCCAGGCCCCAUCCUGGUGGCUUGAUUUUAAGUACGUCAGCGCCUUCUGCGUCUGGUUCUGGUCGGAUCGAGUGGGUUGCACGACGGGAUUCUGUACGUUCGGCGAACUCCUCAUCGGAGGAUAAUGGCAACAGAUUAUCUCUGUUGCCCAUUGGCGAGCGCCCACGAUCUUUACAGUUUUCGCCAAAUGCUUCUACGGCGAGCACGCAUUCGAGUCCAAGUGCUACCUCCGUUACUCACCAACGAACGGGUAGCACUCGAAGUCCCAUCAAAGGUGUCGUCCGUGAUCUCAGGGACAUGGAUACCUACCAACUUAUGGUUGCGCCCACCGGAAACUCCGAAUAUUCUGAUAGCACUCCCAAUAGCAGUGGUAGCAGUUACGGCCAGCAGACAUUUCCUGAGACACCUGAUCUAUCCAGCCCAACGUACAGUCUAAGUCUUGAGUCGCCGAUACGGUCCGAUUACGGACAAGACGAAUUCCCGCAGACGCCUGCGUCUGCCGCGCUUCCGAGGGCAAGUAUGAUGCCUAGCAUUACUCAGCAGGUGUUGUUGACGCGGGCUGCCUCGUCUGUACACGGUGCUAGGCAUUCUCGACAAGUUAGUAUAACUCGUGCCCGGACCGUAGCACCAUCCUCGGACAACUCCGCUUUUGUUUCGGCAGAUGCUCGUAUCCUUCCGCAAUUUUUCGUCGGGGGUCAGUCUGUUCCACAGGACAUUUUGUCACCCCCUUUGCCUCCAAUUCCAGAUGAAAGCACUAUGGACCUUGGUGAAAAUGUAAUGCCUACGGUUGUACCAGAACCCAAGCCGGCUACCCCUCCCAUGCUUCAUCAAGGCCCUUCUGGAAGCACUCUUUCUCUCCUCUCUCGGCGGACGGGAACUGGAUCAUCAACGUCAUUGGGGACCGAAACCAAUUCAGAGGUCCGAUUGUUGAAGGCCCUACCGCCUUUGCCUCCGUCACCUCUACCUUCCUCUCAUUCCUCACCUUCUCCCUUGACCUCUGUGACCCCAGAAAUCUUGCCCUUACCGUCCACCGCGGAUAAUCAACAUCCCCGAUCCUCAAACGUAGACACCGCAUCUGACCUGAUGACUUCACAUGUUGAACCCCCGAGGUCACCUUCAAUCCGCCGUACUGAGCCCCCGCCUAGGCCUUCUCCACUUUUUAUGCCUCCUGAUCUGCCAGUGCCACCUCCGCCUCCACCUGCAAUUCGUCGGAACGUCGCACCCCCUGCUCUUGUUGUACCGCCACCACCGCCGUUGCCUACCCUUAUCCAAAGUCGUGGUAACCCGCCGCCGGUGAUCCAUGCUCCCCCAGCGCUCGUAGUUCCACCACCUCCGCCUUUACCCACUCGUUCGUAUUCUGCAUCACCACAACUAGCUCGACCGCCACGCAGAGUCCCCCUUCAUGUUGACCAUGAGAGUGAUGCUUAUAAGGCUCUAGGAUCACCUCCGCCGUAUGACACAAUCGUUCAUAACCAUCCUUCAAUGAACACGAUACAAGGCGCAGACGUACGCCAAGCCGGGUUUGGGCCUCUCUCAACUGAAAGUAGUUCGGUAGCCAAUCCUAACGAUCAGUCAUCACUGGCUCUAUCGCCGACCCCAACUGUCAGGCGCAGAACGAGAGCCCCGGCUGGCCCUCGAGGUCCGUCUCAGCCCAAACGUGAUCGAGUGUCAUCCGUUCCUUCAAGCAACACCAACCGAAGAACGUAUUUUGCUGCCCUUCCGUCUCCACGUUUCCAGACACCUACGCCGAAGUGGAGAGGCUAUACAAUGGAUGCAGCGAAAUGGACAUUCAGUUCGGCUGAGCUACAAGCGAUAGUAUCUAAAGCAAUACGCCAGUCUGCUGAAGCAUCGUCAAUUAGGCUUUUGCAUCAAGAAGCAGUUGAUCUCGAGAUCCCGGUUGAAAUGGAGAAACUGGAGAAACAAAGGAUGGACGUGAAGUCCCGAUACAAAAUGUUCACCCGGCGUCGCACAGAACUUCUGGAGGCAUUGUCUGCAGCCAUUAACGACAAUUCAUCUCGGGAAAAUACGCCUUUAGCUGUCCGUCACGUCGAAGAUUUGAAAGAUGUUUCGGUGGCGCUCGACAGGCUGGCAGAAGAUCUACACAGCAUUGACCAGCAGAUUGCGCAAUUGAGCUCUCUGUGCGACGUACAUAUCGCUAGCGCGUUGGCGAUGGCAUUAAGGAAACUAAACUCUAGCUUUCUAAAGGAAUUUGCCCAAUCCCGUGUCUUACGAGAGCAACUUCAAAUCCUAGAGGCGGAGAAGAAUGAAGCUUGGCAGCAAGCAGAGAGUGUGGCGCAGGAUUUUGACAACCUAAGUGAACGGGCGGAGCUCGGAUCACCCGAUAGCCAAGGCAAACGUUUUAGUCGUAUCUCGGCUGUUCGCAAAUCCAGCAUCAGGAUGUCCAGGGCAGGCGCGAAGUCGACGUUUUCAAUCGAAGACAUUCCUCCGGUUCCUCCGAUACCUCGUCAUCGGCCCAAUGAUAUUAUGACUAACUUAUCAUCUAGGAUUUCCACGGGCUUCUCCACGGAUGGUUUCACGCCUAACACUGAGACCAGAGCAAUGAUCCGAGCCCAUGAAGAGCUUUGUGAUAUGCUCGGCAUCACUUCCAAGGACCUUAAGCCUCGGAGGGCGCUCUCACUCAUAGCGUCUCCCUCUAAUGGUGAACGGGCCAGAACACCCGAGCCGCGACACAGGCGUCGUUCUAGCUGUGACCGCCCAAGCUCGUUACCAGACAGCUCUGGGCUUUCUCAUGUGUACAAGGCAGAUCCUAAUGGAAUUUUGACAACUCUCGGUAUGCUCUCCGAUACAGAUUAGCAAUAUAUUAUUUAUUCCAUUCGUUUUUCUAUCUUUAUUAUGGAACAUUCCAUUCGUUUCACAGCAGUUUGUGUUAUUACGCCAUUUUAUAUUAACGUACAUACAUAUGACAGUAGCAAAAUCCUGCAUGGUUUUAUCCUUGAACUAGGUGAAUAUGACGGCCGUUAUAAAAAUAUAAGUUGACCUGCCUACUCAUUUCUGGUUCUGAGCUGGAGC